AUGUCUGAACAACCUUACGAUCCCUAUAUUCCUUCUGGCUCUACUGCCAACGCCCCGGCUGGGGCCAGUGCCGCGCAGAAUGGCGAUCCCAGGACAAGGGAAAUCGACAAGAAAAUCCAGGAGACUGUGGAUACGAUGCGGUCAAAUAUUUUCAAGGUUUCCGAGCGUGGUGAACGUCUAGACUCCCUACAAGAUAAGACCGAUAACCUGGCCGUAUCGGCUCAGGGUUUCCGCCGGGGUGCGAACCGUGUGCGGAAGCAAAUGUGGUGGAAAGACAUGAAGAUGCGCGUAUGCUUGGUGAUUUGUGUCAUCCUCUUGCUUGUGGUUAUUAUUGUGCCUGCCGUUGUCACUGCCAAGCAUUAA